AUGGCUUUACAUUCCGCCAAUGUGGACAAUAAACUCAUAUUCGCACCGGCAGGCAAGGAAGCCCACGGACAGGCUGAACAAUUCACUAAGGGUGUCCUAACUCGCUCGGACCUUGAUCCAAAUUCACCUAUCCGUCAGUUUCAUAAAUGGUUUGCUUCGGCACAGCGCUCAGGCCGAGUUACCCAUCCCGAGACAUGCUGCCUCUCUACCGCAUCAUUACCCUCCGGUCGUGUAUCUUCCCGUAUGGUUUAUUUAAAGGAGUUAGAUACCCAAGGUUUUGUUAUAUAUAGCAAUUUCGGGACAAGUAAGAAAUCUCAGGAUCUCGCCACAAAUUCGUGGGCUAGCCUUACCUUCUGGUGGGAAGAACUUGAACGGCAAGUAAGGGUCGAGGGUCGAGCGAGCAGGCUUUCCCACGAGGAGAGCCAGACAUACUUCGAUACGAGAGUCCGUGGUAGUCGGAUUGGUGCUUGGUCCAGUCGCCAGAGUCAGGUCUUAAAGCCGUCCGGAGAUGGAACCGACAGAGAAGACGACGACGGGCGAAAGAUGCUAGACAAGUGGGUCGAAGAGACUGAGACACGGUUUGCGGGAGAAGACAUUAUCCCCGUGCCGGACUUCUGGGGUGGUUUGAGGAUCAUACCUGAAUCUGUGGAAUUUUGGCAAGGACGGCAAAGCCGACUGCAUGAUCGAUUUGUCUACGACAAGAAAACAUCCACGAAGGACGGCGUGCAGGAUUGGACUCUCGAGAGACUCAGUCCAUAG